GGUGCAUGAAGGCGGGAACACUGGCCGGGAUGCCCGGGUGAUGUGGGUGGCUCUCCUCGCUUCCUGCUGCGUUGCCUCCUGAAGCUGGGUUGGAGAGUAUGCACGUUGUUUUGGAAAGGCGAGAUCCCCAGAGGACCAUUCCCUGGAGCUCCUGCUGACUUGUCCAGUGCUGGGCUCCAGGGAACUAGGCAGGAGGAGACGCCUCCCCCCCCCCCCGCCCUCUUGGGUUCUUAGACUGGAGGACACCUGGGCCCUGUACUGAGGAAAGUGUUAAUCAAUGCCGUGUGAUUCCUUGUUCUAAGAAAUCAGAGAACAUGAUAAGGAAUUUGCUGCUUAUUUUUAUCCUUUUUCCCCUGAAUCUCAUAACGAAUUGUGAAUCUACUUUCAGCCUCACCGUCCCUCCCAUUGUGAAGCUGGAAAAUGGCAGCUCAACCAAUAUCAGCAUCACCCUUGGGUAUCCAUUAAAUACAACCUUACUGAUCACUUUUGAAAUCACGUUUCGUUCAAAAAAUAUUACUAUCCUUGAUCUCCCUGAUGAGGUUGUAGUGCCUCCCGGAGUGACUUAUUCUUCUUUCCAAGUGACAUCUCAAAAUGUUGGACAAGUGACAGUUCAUCUGCAUGGAAAUCAUUCCAACCAGACCAGCCCAAGAAUACUCUUCUUAGUGAUCCACAGCAGUGCUAUUAGCAUCAUAAACCAGAUGAUUGGCUGGAUCUACUUUGUGGCCUGGUCCAUCUCCUUCUACCCUCAGGUGAUCAAGAACUGGAGACGGAAAAGUGUCAUUGGCCUGAGCUUUGACUUCUUGGCCCUGAACCUGACGGGCUUUGUGGCCUACAGCGUGUUCAACAUUGGCCUCCUGUGGGUGCCCUAUAUCCAGGAGCAGUUUCUCCAGAAACACCCCAAUGGCGUGAACCCUGUGGACAUUAAUGAUGUCUUCUUCAGCCUGCAUGCAGUCACUCUCACUCUGAUUGUCAUCCUGCAAUGCUGCCUAUAUGAGCGAGGCAGCCAGCGUGUGUCAUGGCCUGCCAUUGGCUUCCUGGUGCUCUCAUGGCUCUUUGCCUUCAUCACCAUGGUUGUGGCUGCAGUUGGAGUGACCACAUGGCUGCAGUUUCUCUUCUGUUUCUCCUACAUCAAGCUUGCCAUCACGCUGAUCAAGUAUAUUCCACAGGCCUACAUGAACUUUCACUACAAAAGCACCGAGGGCUGGAGCAUUGGCAGUGUGUUCCUGGACUUCAUUGGAGGCAGCUUCAGCCUCCUCCAGAUGUUCCUGCAGUCCUACAACAACAACCAGUGGACGCUGAUCUUUGGAGACCCAACUAAAUUUGGACUUGGCAUCUUCUCCAUAUUCUUUGAUGUUAUCUUCUUCAUCCAGCACUUUCUUCUGUACAAAAAGAAAUCGGGGCCUCAGGCAGCAUUCACAGAUCCUGACAGCCAUACGAGGCCGAAUGGGACACUAAGCUUGCAGCCGAAGGCCUUGCCCCAAACAAGUGUUUCUGGGAGCAGCUUGAAAGGCUGACCAUGCCGCUGGGAGAGCCAAGGGCACUUUGCUGCCACCGUUGUGGUCCCAGGAACCAAGCAGCCAGGUGCUUUAGCCAAUGGACUCGAAGGUGCCGAUGCUGGUGGUGGAGGGGUGAGGACUGUGGGACUAGGCCUUAGGGUCCUUUCUCGGAAGGCCACACUCCUGAAACUCAUCCUGCAUAACUCAGCUUCCACAGCUGCAGUAACAGGUGGCCCAGAGCAGGGCCUGAGCACGGAGGUACCUGCCAGAUAAGCUCUGAACUGCAAUCUGCCCAGUGCCAUUGUCUAGACACCAGUCUGUUGUCACACUAACUCCGAGUUUGAGAAGGGAUGUUUUAGAAAUGGCUUGCUCUUCCCUGCCUUCACUUUCCUAGUGAAUUGGGGCCCUGUUUGAGCACCCUACUACUCCUAACUUAGCACCAGCCUGUGCCUUAGAGGCCUGCCCACCUGCCAAGUAGUGACAGCAGCUCCCUUGGAGGGGAGGGCCGGGCCCCCUUCCCUUGAUUUCCCCCAGACACCUGAGACUUCAGUGUUUUGGUCAUGGAGAAACUGAACCCACCUCACACAAUUGGUAUGGGUCCAACCCCAAUCUCACACUUCCUUCCUUAUCCUCUCCAGCUAGUGCCCUCCCUGGGGUGGAAGGAACUGGAAUGUGCCUUGUGUGACCUGAGUUUGCCAAUCUUUUUUUUUUUUUACAAGUACUUGUGCCUUUUUUUUCCUUAACUGCUUUUUGUGUCCUAUUUGGGUGGAGCCCGAAUCCUUAAUUAAAGCUUGGCUUAUUUCCUUUGUGCACACUGA